GACACAAUAAUGUAGCAUGUUGCUUUUAAAAGUAACGUUCCCAGGUCGCUGAAACAUUGUGCUAGGUAGCAGACAGCAGUCAGCAGAUGCAGAAUAUGCCAUUGGCAGCAUUUCUCUCAGUAUGACCUGUUGUAUACUUUCUCACAUUAGUGAUUCUGUUUGCUGCCCAUUGGACCUUUCUGUGAUGCCAGCUCAUUUGAGGGUGACCUGGCUCUGCAUGGAUCCGCUGGUGCCCACAGCGACUGAACACACGCAGGCCAAUCAGGCCCGGGCACAGGCGUAUGGCACAACCUCCACGCCAACCUGGCUCUCUCAAAAUAGCAUGGGGACCAGAGCGGGAGGGAAAAUAAAUGUCAUGCCAUCUGAUUCCCAAUGCCAGUGGAAUUACAAUCCAGCGGCAUGAAUGAGGGCGAGACCCACACAGAACCAACUCGUGGAUCAGCUACGAUGACAUUUUACAAGACUCUCCUCAAACACAUCCGUCACUGGCCGGCUAACUGGCAUCGGACCGGUCCUCUCGCCCUGUCCCACAAACUCAACCCCUGCAGGGGUCUGUUGACGGACGGCUCCGCUGCUCGGCCGCGGAUUACUGAAAACUCAGUAGAAGUUUUCAGCCAUGUCUACCCGCGAGAUGACAUGACCAAUGUGACAGAUAAAAUCUUGUCUAAAGUUGGCUGCCAGCUUCACAACCGACCGCACCACCCCUUGUGGCUUAUUAAAGAACGCAUCAAAGACCAUUUCUACCGCUCCUACAUCGGACGCACGGGAAACCCGCUCUUCUCCGUACAUGACAACCUCAGCCCGGUAGUGACGGUGGAGCAGAACUUCGACAGUCUGCUCAUUCCUCCAGAGCAUCCCAGUCGGAAAAAAGGAGACAAUUACUACCUGAACCGCACACACAUGCUGUGGUCCCACACCUCCGCCCAUCAGAAGGAGCUGGUGCGCUCAGGUCUGGACCGCUUCCUGCUGGCUGGAGAUGUGUACAGACGAGAUGAGAUCGACUCCAACCACUAUCCUGUCUUCCAUCAGAUGGAGGGAGUGCGGCUUUUCUCAAACCAUGAGCUGUUUGCUCGAGUGGAGAAUGGUGAGGAGCUGUCUUUGUUUGAGAGCGGUGGCCGCCGCACGCCUCAGAAACAGGAGACGCACACGCUGGAGGCUGUCAAACUUGUGGAGUUCGAUCUGAAACAGGCUCUCACUCGCCUCAUGCGACACCUUUUUGGGGAAGAUUUGGAGAUCCGCUGGGUGGACUGCUACUUCCCUUUCACACAUCCCUCCUUCGAGAUGGAGGUGCGCUUCCAGGGAGACUGGUUGGAGGUGCUGGGCUGUGGGGUGAUGGAGCAGGAACUGGUCUGCUCAGCUGGUGCUGGGAAUAAGAUGGGUUGGGCGUUUGGUCUGGGGCUGGAGAGGCUGGCCAUGGUUCUGUUCGGCAUCCCUGAUAUCCGACUUUUCUGGAGCGAGGAUGAACGCUUCCUCAAGCAGUUCCGCCUGUCUGACAUCUACCAGCCCGUCAUCUUCCAGCCUCUCAGUAAGUACCCAUCGCUCUUCAAUGACAUCUCUUUUUGGCUGCCGGCCGAAGGUUACACGGAAAACGACUUCUACGACCUGGUGCGCAGCAUCGGAGGAGAUCUAGUGGAGAAGGUCACGCUGGUGGACGAGUUCACACAUCCAAAAACAAAGAGAGUGAGCCACUGUUACCGUGUCACGUACCGUCACAUGGAGAGGACUCUGACCCAAGAAGAAGUGCGUAUCAUCCACGGAGCCAUUGAGCAGGCAGCAGAAAAAGAGCUUGGAGCGCAGGGAAGAUACUGAGCUUUCCCAACAACCAUCACGACAGUCUUCCACCUUCCAUGAUGGGAUUCACAGAUGUAGUCACAUCUCUCUGUGGUGGCAAAUUAUAAUGUGGAAACUCUCAUCGACAACUACACUUAGUUAGAGACUACAUCUGCAGUUUCUUAAAAUAACACUUCACCUAAAAAUUAAAAUAAUGUCACUAUUUAUUCACCAUCAUGUCCCUAUAAGGAGAAUUUUGAAGCAGCCUUUUUCCAAACAAAACAUCAUGAAAGGGAUAGUUCAGGCAAAAAUGAAAACUCAGUCAUCAUUUACUCGCAUUCUUGUCAUUCCAAACCUGUAUUGACAUAAAUCUGAAGAUAUUUUUUGAAGAAAGUUGGUAACCAAUCAGUUUUGGUGAUCAUUGAUUUCCAUUGCAUUGACUUUUGACUUCCACUGUGUUCCAUACUGGUUUAAAAUUAAGGGGGAAAUGAUGACAGAAGUUUCUUUUUUUGACAAACCAUCCCUUUAAAACUUAAUUUUUGAGCUCUGAGUGACUAUUUUUGAUGCUUUUACAGAGGUUUUAUGAUACAUUUUUGGAGCUUGACAGACGUGGACACCAUAAACUGAAACUGCAAUAAAACAGUGAGAAAAUGAAAUGAGAGUGGGUGAAUAAUGACAGAAUUACAGUUUAGGAAGAAUCGUGCCUUAAACAUUUGCAAGAUUUGACCUUGAAAUAACCUUUUGGUCAUAAUAACCUCUCUAGGCCUGAUUGAUUCAUCCAACUUCCCAAGCUGGCACGAACUUCAUCAUGGCACAAACAGCCGGAUUUAACACAAAUAUCAAACAGGCCUUUUAUGCACCUGGAUCCGUGCCAGCCUGAUGAUAAGCAGGAAACUAGAGCUCUCAUUUCUACAUUUCUGUUUUCUCAAGGAAGAUAUGAGGUAGCCUGUAAUGAGCUGCUGCCUGGAAAUUACCAAGAUAAUGAAACGCUUCCUCAAAGUCACUCCACAGUAAAAUGGCAAAAAGGAGGUUAACAGGUCACCAUUUGUGGUAGAAAAUAAAAGUGUUGAGGUGUAA